AUGGCCAGGAUUAAGAGUCAGGACCUUCGAGGCAAGAAGAAAGAGGGGCUGCUGAAACAGCUGGCUGACCUGAAGGUGAAGCUGCCCCAGCUGCAUGGCGCCAAAAUUCAGAAAGAAAACCUCAGGAAAUGCUACACGGGCAGUAAUUACAUGCCCCUGGAUCUGCGGUCCAAGAAAAUAUGUGUCAUGUGCCAUAGGCUCAACAGGCAGGAAGAGAACUUGGAGACCAAGAAGCAGUGGUUGUACCCUCUGCAGAGGGCCUGA